AUGGGUUGCUCUCUGUCGAAAAAUCCUGGAACAGAGUCACACAACGAAAACUCCCCUCCGGAGGUUCCCGCACCUGGCGACAGACCAUCAUUCCCUCAACCAUAUCAAGACCCUAGAUCGAUUGAAGAUGACAAUACAUUCCCGCUCGAUGAGCAGGACAUUGCUUCAGUUUCGGACGAGGAACUUUUAUCAGCUUUCUUGACGGCGCCUCGACUUCACGAUUAUGGAGAUGUCAUCAUACCACGUAUCUCGAAACAUCUCGUCAUCAAAGGUGGUCCAGGUGUGGCAAAGAGCGAAGCAGAAAAUAUGAAAUUUGCCCUUGAAACCCUGGGCCUACCAAUACCCAAGGUUCAUCGCGCUUUCACCGCCGAGACCCCAGAAGAUCCAGACCUGCCCGAAACACCCUUGGUAGAAGCACACUUCAUUGUCAUGGACUACAUAAAAGGAUCCAUGAUCGAUAAGAGCUGGCAGUCACUAGGUAUCACUGCUAAAGAAACUGUCGCCCAGCAGGUCGCCGAUGUGAUUGAGAAGAUGCAAUCCACCGUCCUCAACCACAUGCCAGUAGGGCCAAUUGGGAGGUCCCAGGAGGCCAAAUUCCAAGGUCCAUGGUUCACAGAUUAUGGCGCAGGGCCUUUCAACACGCUCAAAGAACUUGAGGACUGGUGCAAUCACAAAAUCGACGUCGGCAUCAUGGUCAAACACCUAAAACCUGAAACACAAAGAUUCGAGUUCAAGGAUAUUGUUCUAACACAUCAAGAUUUGGCGCUGAGAAAUUUGGUACUCGAUGAGGAUAUGAAGGUCUGGGUAAUCGACUGGGGCUGCGCUGGUGUAUACCCGAAAGGCUUUGAACAAGCCGCGCUACAGGUUCAGGCCGAGAACGAGGAGUAUGCUGAUAUGGUGCUGGGGAGGCUCUCAGACCGGCAAGAUAUUGUGAUGGAUCAGUUUGCGAAAAUAGCAUAUGGGCUCUCAACUGGGCGUGCUCUUUAG